CAACGUGGUUACUGAAACGAAAUAAACAUUGCAUCGUUUCCCAGCGUUAUUUAUUUGUAUGUACAAUACACAUAUGUAUACACAUAUGCAUGAAUAGAUAUUUCUACAUACAACAAAGUGAGGAAGCAGCUGAGAAAGAUGGAGAUCUGCGUUGACUCGAUAGAAUCAGCGAAGAACGCGAUAUCGGGCGGUGCGAAUCGUUUGGAAGUGUGUUCGGCGUUGUCCGAGGGUGGAUUGACCCCAACUCCGGGUUUGAUUAAGUCCAUCAGGAAUCACGAUGGGAAUAUUAAAUUGUAUGCAAUGAUACGAUUGAGAUCGGGUGAUUUCGUUUACAGUCGGGACGAGAUGGACGGGAUGCUAUACGAUCUCGAGGUUCUGAAGGGUCACGAAGUGGACGGUUUUGUUUUCGGAGCGCUGAGACAGGACGGAAGCAUCGAUUCGGACUAUUGCCGCGAGAUAAUAAGCGCAGCGAAACCAAAACCAGUGACUUUUCAUCGUGCCUUCGACGAAGCGGUUUAUCCUCUGAAAUCGAUCGAAUCGAUAAUCGACCUUGGCUUCGAAAGAGUAUUGACAUCCGGCCAACGAAACACGGCGAUCGAGGGAGUACAGCUGAUCAAAAAGCUCAUCGACAGAGCCGAUGAUCGCAUCGUCAUCAUGCCCGGAAGUGGCAUCAACCCUACAAAUAUCGAAGCUAUCAAAAGUCAAACUGGAGCUCGGGAGUUUCACGCAUCUGCUAAAAAACGCGUCGAGCUCCCUCCGGCCGUCAACAAAGUCACUAUCGGCCGUACCGACGAUCACAGUGGAAACUUCACCAUGAUAACCAGCAAAGAAUUGGUCCAACAAAUGGUGGAAAUUCUUGAAAAACUGUAACAAUGAAACUCUUUUUUUAUUCCGCUGCAGUGUCCAAAAUUUUCAUUUAUCCUUUCACCUUUAUUACUGUGGAAACGGAACAUGAAAGAAAAAACGUAUUCGAAAUGUGAUAUAUGUUCAAAAGAACAAUGAUAAAAAGAACAACUCUUUCUUAUAAAAAGUAAUUGAAAGUGAAGAAGAAGAAAAUAUCAAGAGAAGUGACAGUUUUUGUUCGUGAACCUCGAAGAACGAAGUUGUUCAAGAAAAUAUUGUAAUUCGUUUGAAAUUGAAUUCGAAAAUAAAGAAUUUCGAAUUUGUUAAA